GAAAAGGUCCGUGGCUGAGAAUAUUUUUUAAGUGAUUUUAUUCAAAAUAAAUAAAUAAAAAUUGAAACAAAAAUUAAAACUUUUUAGUGAAACAUUAUCGUGACUAUAAUACAGUAUUAGAUAUCUGAUUUAGUGAACAAAAUUCAGGAAGAUGUCGGAAAACAUUCUGCCAAGUUGUAUUUCAUUACCUCUGUCUGGAAAAGAACUGGAAGAAAUUGUAUCUAAGGCAAAAGAUUACGCUUUAAUGCAUGGAAUAUGUAUGCGAUCAAAAGCUAACUUCAAUCCAGAUAAUUUACAAUUUGCUCCAUUUGUACUGACACCAUCACUUUACCCUCGGAAAGAAUUCGAGAAGGCAACAAAGCUUCAAAUCAUUUUAAAUAAAAUGAUCCACAACGUUGCCCAUGAUGUUGAUUUCUUGAGAGAAACAUUAGCAAGUACAAUAAAAGUAGAUGACUUCACAGCAUCACUCUUUAAAAUCUAUGAAACAGUUUUAUCGGAAGGUGUUGCUCAGGAAAUCUCUCUUGGAUUAGUUCGCUCCGACACAAUGCUGGAAACACGUAAAAGUUGCUUCAGCAAAUCCACUUGUAUGCCUUCACGGAGCUUUUAUUGUUGUGUUGCUAUGACAAUAACGUUAGGUUUGCUGCGGUCAGAUUAUUUUGUUAGCGAUCGAAACAAAAUUCUUCAGGUAGAAUUUAACACAAUUGCGAGCAGUUUCGCUGGCAUUUCGUCUCAGUUCAGAGAAUUUCAUAGUUACAUUCUUCAAGAACUUGGACAUGACGACAAAGUGAAAUACUUGCCUGAAAACAAUGCUUUAGCUGGACUUUGUGACGCGAUGGUGGAAGCUUGGAAAAUUAUUGGUGACGAUAAAGCUGCCAUUCUGUUUAUUAUUGAAGAUGUUACCUACAACAUUUGUGAUCAAAGAUUUCAUGAAUUUUAUAUUCGUGAAAAGUAUCCUCACGUCAAAGUCAUCAGGCAAUCAUUGACCGAAAUCUUUAAAGAAGGAAAAUUAGGCGACAACAAGACAUUGAUUGUUGGUAAUGUAACAGCGAGUGUUGUUUAUUUUCGUGCUGGUUACGAACCCGGACAUUAUCAUUCUGAAAAUGAAUGGGCUGCAAGGCUUAUGAUUGAACGUUCGACUGCGAUAAAAUGUCCAUCGGUUCAUUAUCACUUAGCUGGAACUAAGAAGGUGCAACAAGCAUUAGCAAAGCCAGGAGUUCUCAACAGGUUUUUGAAUGAUGAAAACGAGAUUAAGCAAGUAAAAGAAAUUUUCACUGGAUUGUAUUCAUUUGAUAAAGGCGAAGGUGGUGAUGAAACCGUCAAAAUGGUUUUGGAGAAACCUGAAAAUUUUGUUAUGAAACCGCAACGAGAAGGAGGCGGAAAUAACAUUUACGGUGUUGACAUACCUGAAAGGCUCAAGGCGAUGGACGAAACCGAACGAUCAGCAUACAUUCUGAUGGAGCGAAUCUUUCCUCCAAUUUCAAAAAGUUACAUGAUAAGACCUGGCGGACCAAAUCCACCACCGAUUUUCGACAUGGUUUCGGAGCUUGGCAUUUUCGGUGCAAUCAUAGGAACAAAAGAGAAAAUUUUGUACAAUCGUCAAGUGGGGCAUAUGCUGAGAACAAAAGUUUCAAGUGCAAACGAAGGUGGUGUCGCUGCUGGCCUCGGUGCCUUAGAUUCAGUUUAUUUAACAAACGAAUUUUGAAAUAUUUUUAAAGGAAAUAAAAUUUAAUUAUACAAUUAAUAAUUAUUAUACGUAGUGAUCAUCUUUUAUGUUAAGAAAUUGUAACAGAACCAUGGGAUGAGUUACUUAAUCAGUUGAAAAUAUUAUAAAUUAGUUAAGUAAUAAAAUAUUUUCUCUAUAAUCAAGAAAUUUAUUAUUAUUAAUGAUUUUACAGAUACAAAAGCGUUGUUUGAAAUUUGCA